AUGAAGACCUCAUGGGGCGGAAACCCCCAUUCUGUCCAAGCUCCUAAAUCUCUCAGCGAUGGGCCCCACGUCCUGAGCCUAGCUGCAGCAGAGCUGUAUGUGAGCUUCACCAGGACCAACUCUGUUCUCACCACUGAGGACGGUGUAGUGAUGCAUAGUGUUCCCAACCAACGGGGGCUACCCCUCACCAUAGUGGCAAGCAGGGAUGGCUACCUUCUGACCAUAGUGGCUAGCAAGGUUGGCUACCUUCUCACCAUAGUGGCUAGCAAGGAUGGCUACCUUCUGACCAUAGUGGCUAGCAGGGAUGGCUACCUUCUCACCUCGCUGCUCUGGAAAACCACCAGGAUGCCAAGAUACAGCAGCAUUGAGCUGAGUACCGUAAGAGCUGUCAAUUCUCAGCUCUUGUCCAAUAGGAGAGAGAUCAAUGUGACAGGGGAAGUACAGUUCACGCUACCCCUGGGGCAGAACUCUGAUCUGCAGGCCUCCAUGCUGUGCCAGCCUGGUCCUAUGACCAGACUACUGGUUGCUCAACAGGAUAACCUCCCUCAGCAUUGGGAUACCAAGCCAGCCACCUCCCCUGUCCAGCUCUACCCCAUCCAUCCAGGAAGCCCAGAGUAUGAUGAAGUCCUGAGCCUGUUCCGGAAUACUUGUCCAGACAAUGAAAUUAAAAAAAUUGAAAGGGUCCAGAACCCAAACUUGUGGAAAAGCUUUGAGAUCAAGAAAAAAGACAUCAGUGACAGGAAUGAUCGCUUUCUGAAUGAGAGACGUCUUUUCCACGGAACCAGUCACACAAACGUAGCUCACAUCAACGACCACGGGUUCAAUCGGAGCUACGCUGGAAAAAAUGAUGCACUGUAUGGAAAUGGCACCUACUUUGCAGUCAAUGCCAGCUACUCUGCUAAGGAUGAAUUCUCCAAGCCAGAUGGCGAAGGGAGGAAGUUGAUGUACUUGUGUCGUGUUCUGACUGGACACUUCACAAAGGGAGAACGAGGGAUGAUAGAACCUCCAUUUAAAGAGGAUUCAGAUAUUCGGCGCUACGAUAGUACGACAAACAAGCAAUCUGAUCCAACAGAGUUCGUAGUCUUCCACGACUGUCAGGCAUAUCCAGAGUACCUGAUCACUUUCUUAAGGGGCUAGAGCAACUGUUAUAACUCAAAACCACUCUUGGAAAUUCAUGGUUAAAAUCUAAUUUUGAGAACAGCAAAAAUAGCCAAAAGAGGUGACAGUUAGUAUGUUGAAAGUAUUGCACCAACGCCUUGAUUUUCUAGAUUUAAAUCUGUUAUUUCCAUUGUCAUAAUAUAAUUAUUGAUUUACUGUAUGUCCUAUAAUCUAACAGAUUGCACCUUUUAAACAGCAAUCUUAUUCAAAUAUCUUCACAGGGACCAUUUUUAGCAGUGCACAUAUUAGGGUGGGCUGUUGGGAUUUUAUUUUUAUACAAUGGUUCUAACAUGGUAGCUUUUAAUAAAGCUCAACUAACAUAUCUUUGUUUGCCAGUGUUUCUUCUAUGACACAUAUUAGUCAUUCCAUUAAAUAUCAUAGAUUUGUAGAGGACAUUUUUGUAAAACCAUCAUUUUAUAUGACUCAUAUUUCCAUUAAAUAUAAAAUAUGUGUAAUU